UUGGAGUUCCUUCAUCAUGAUUUUGGGGAGCGGUGAUUUGCUGGAAAAGAGGGGGAACCUGCAUCCCUUAUCCCUGGGAGAGCCCCCCCUUGGCUUCCAAGAGAAUGUGCUGGCAGCCAGUAGCAGCUUCCUGGAGGAUCUCAAGUCUGGAGUUAAUGUCUCUUUACCAUCUGCCAUUUUCUCUGGUCAGUUGCACCAAGAGGCUUCUCUCAUCCUGGCAGUGCAAGCAGUGCAGCAGAUGCUUUGUUCUGACCUUCCCCACUUGACUUCCUUCUUAGAGGUAGUCCUGGCUUUUGGGGAAAACUUCUGGGCUCUGAAGCUGUUGCUGGAUCAACUUUGCUGUGAGGAACACAUCCUGUGUGGCACUGCCAACCUGCUUUUGAGGGACCUGAGUCGGGAGAAAGGCACGAUGCUGAGAGUGUGGCAGAACCUCGGUCCCCAGUACGUGGGGGAGUUCCUGUGCCUGUUCCUGAGCUGCACACACACGAGGAUGCAAUCCGUGGGCCUCUUCAGCCUCGGCGUGGUCAUAGACAACCUGCACAUGUGUCCCUGGGCAAAGCAGCUCUGCACCUUCUUCCUGGAGUCAGGGUUGAGGCAGUUCCCCUUUGGCACCACAGUUCACCACGAAAUUUCCAAGUUCAUCAGUGCUUUUGAGAAUCUCUAAUUUGGACCAAAUCCUCAGGAAUAAUUUCCCAGUGGAUUUGUUGUUUGUAUUUUUAUUUUUUUUUUUAAACUGAGCAAUCUCUUCCUGGAGAGUUCCUUGGUUUUGCUUUGGUUGUCACCUCCAGGAGGAGUCAGCUGAAACCUGACUUUUCCUGGUUCUGGAGUGGGAGAAGAGCCAGGGUUUGGGAGUUUCUUGCAGUUCCACAUAUUAAAAGAGUUAUUGGAAGAGGCAGCAGGUUGGAGUUGCUUGCAGAAACUCAAGGAAACACGGAUGGAGCAAAAAGCAAAAGAGAAUUUUUCUUCCUUUUGGGACACAAACCUUGCAGGAGGCAACUGCUGAGAGGGAAAACCAGGAGGAAAAAAAAAAUAGAAAAUUCCCUCUGCAGCAGUUUGGGGUCAAGUGCUGCUUGCACAGCUCUGAUUUUGGGUUUUAUUUUAAACCGAGAAGCUGGAAGUUAAACCUGAGCUUUACUUUUGCUCAAACAACCCCAGUGAAAAGCUGAGUUUAGAAAUAAUCCAGAUUUCAUGCUGGGCUUUUAUUUUCUACUGAAAAUAAGAUUUAUAUUAGUGCUGGUGGCUCUGUGUGUUUCCCAAAUCCUAAUUCCAGAGGAAUUUUGGAAUUCACUCCGACCUGGGGAGGUGAAAGAAUUCUUUGGGAUUUGUGUCUGCACUGCUUGGGCAGGCAGGAAAAUCAGCUUUAAAUGUGUCACCAACUGCACUUUGCACAUUCCCAGGGGUUUGGGGGCUUCUGCAGCUCUUGUUAUCCCAAGUUUCCUAAAAAAAUAAAAAUGCACCUAGAAAUUUGUCACCUUGUUAAUAAAAACUGCCCAAGUUCCAUUGUGAAAUGGCAUUUGGGGUGGGGUUUUUUUUGGUUUUUUUGUUGGUUUUUUUUUUUUUUUUUUGUGGUUUACUUGGUUUGGGGUAGGAUUUUUGGUGUUGGAUUUUGUUCUGGGCUUGGGUUGUUUUGGUUUGUUUGGGUGUUUUUAAUGAGGGGUUUUGAUUCUGUUUUUUGGGAGGGGUUUGGAUUUUUUUGGUUUUUUGUUUUUUUUUUUUUUUUUUUUUUUGAAGGUUGAGAUAUUUUUUUUUGUCCUUUUUUUUGGGGGGUUGGGAUUUUUCUGGUCCUGUUUAUUUUUUUUGGGGAUUGGGUUUUUUUAAAAGGCUUUGAGUUUUGGGUUUGUUUUUUUUUUGUUUUUUUUUUUUUUUUUUUUGCUUUGGGUUUGUUUUUGGGGUAAUUGAGUUUUUGGGGUAAUUGAGUUUUUGGGGUGGUUAUGAUUUUUUUUUAGGAAGUUGAGGGAUUUUGGGGUGUUGAAGUUUUUUAGGAUGUUCAUAGGGGUUUGAGGGGAGUGGAGUUUUGGAGUUGAGAGGCUUUUGGGGGAGGUUUAGGGGAUUUUUUUAGGAAGUUGAGGGCUUUGGAGGUUUAGGACUUUUUUGUGGAGUAGAGAUUUUUCUUUGGGUGUUGGAUUUUUGAUUUUUUUGUUUUGUUUUUCUUGCUUUGGGUUUUUUUGUUUGUUUUUUUGUUUUGGGGUGGUUUUUUUUGUUGUUGUUGUUGGCUUGUUUGUUUGGUUUGGUUUUUGGGGGUUUUUUGAGGUUAAACUUUUGGACUGGGCCAAGCUGAGUCUCCUCCAAGAUCUCCCCCAUUCCAGGACCCCAAAGAGAGAGUGGGAAUAGAUUUAGGGCAGGUACUUUAUUCCAGCUUGGAUUUUUUUUUUUUUCCCCCCUUGGCACAGAAAACCUGGGAAGUGCUUCAUUCCUGUAAGUAAACACUUCUCCAUUAUUGAUCCCCUGCUGAAUUUUAAUGCCUUGGAACAGCCCUAUGGAUCCUGUAGAUAAUGAUUUAAUCUUUUAUGGAUGAGAAAAGCCUUUUGUGCAGCUCUGCACUUCCCUGUGGGCCUGGAGUGCUCCUGAAGGAAGGCUGAGCUCUGCUCCAGGUAAAAGGGGAGAGGAUCAAAGCUCAUUAAAAAUGGAAAAUAUCCUUUGGAGCAGGAAAUGGAGGCCCGGAGCUGCCUGAUCCCGAUAUUGGAGCGUUGUCCCCUCCUCUCAGGGAAUUGUGCAGAGCCAGGAAUUGCCCCUGCUCCCUCUCUUUCCCCGGGCUGAGCCCCUUUCCCAGCCCUGCUCUUCUCCCUGUCCUUGUCCCUAAAGAAGAUGGGGCCGGCUCUGAGGGUGGGAUUGAGUCCCUGCCCACUCCCUGGGAUCACAAGCACUUUCCCAGCUGGAAAUCUGGGAUUUAAUACCAGGACUGUGGGAAACGCCAGGAGAGCAGAUGGUGGCUGUGAUCUGUAAUGCUGCACAGCCCAGGGAGUGCAGCAUCCCUU